UACGAGGUGUGAUGGACGGAGACGAAUCAUAAACAUGUCAAACGAUCAUGCGCUGUUGUUGUUCGCUUCAGGUUACCUGCUCAGAAUAAUAAACGUAUUCUCGGAAAAGUGACACAAACACACACGGUGUACCGUCUCAUGAAAAUAAGAGAAGGGAAACCGGUUUGUGUAGUGUUCAACUCCCAACGGGCUCUGGUUUGUAAGUUGUUUAGAUGUUUACGUCUGUGGUGAGCUUCAGGGGGAACAUCGGCACUGCCAACAUUUUUAUGAUCGAGGGGGGCGUCUGCAAUGUCAGUGGACGUGCGACUACAUUAGUGGGUGGAGCUGGGUGAGGGUCACUCGUUUGAAAGCUGAAGUCACUGGAUGUUCACCCUCAAAAUAGCGCCACAGAGGCUAUAUAGACGUGCUGUCGGGCUUGCCCUUAUCAGACUGCAAAUCUGUGCAAGGGCUGAUUGGCAAACUACUUAUUCUGGAAGGAGACAUGAACAAUAAGCAAGACAAAACUGUGGGUUAAAAACGAGGAGUUAUUGAAGUUCUGGAACCUCAAAGGAUAAAGUGAUCCGAAGACAGAAAAGGACAAAGGAUAUUGCUGUGUCAUUGGAUUGUUCUGCUCAUCUGGAUUUCUCCUCCUGAUUUCCGAGUGAAAGGAGGAGACAAAGCUGCAAAGAUGAAGUACAACUACCACGUACCGCUGACAUCAUACACACGGAGCUCCCAGUACACCCCAACGUACCACACACCGUCUUACUACAGCCCUUCACACUACACACCCACGACGUCCACAUACGCUGCAGUAUCAAAGCACACCCCGACACAGUACAGCACUUCGUAUCACACCCCGUCCCAUUACACGCCCUCCUACAAAGCUGCGUCCACGUACAGCCCUGCUUACAGCAAAGCCUUGCGCUGCACUUCAACUCAACGCAAACAGCCUCAAGAGACCCCUGCACCUGUCAUACCUGUGGUGCCGGCCAAGAGGACUGUACACUUCCCCAAUGACAUCAUCUUCCAAGAUAUCGUUCGAAGAGGAGAUUUGGAGCAAAUUGGACGUUUCAUGAGAGCGAGGAAAGUGCGCGUAGAUACACUUUUUCAUUCAGGUAUGGCUGCGUUGCACGAGGCUGUCCUGACGGGUAACCUGGACGUGGUGAAGCUGCUGGUGAAAUACGGCGCAGACGUCCAUCAAAGGGAUGAGGACGGGUGGACGCCGCUACACAUGGCCUGCAGUGACGGCUACCCUGAGAUUGCCAAGUAUCUGCUGGCAAUGGGAGCAAGCACAGAAGCUGAGAAUGAGAGUGGAGAGAAGCCUGCAGACCUCAUUGAUCCAGACUGCAAAGAUUUGGCCAAACUCUUUGAGACUGGCUGUGUGUGAUUGACCAGCAAAUAAAUGAAAAAGCCCCGCCCACAACCUACUGGACACAGAAGGUGCUGUUUCAAGCCAAACCAAUCAGACUGAACCGAACAGAAGAAUAUUUGCACCAUAACUUGUGUCAUUUGACCGAUUUUGGGACGCAAUUUUUGUUCAUCCUAUUUCUUUUGUAAGAAACAUUUUUAGAAAACAGCCAAUUUUUAUCAGAUUAAUAUUUUUAUUUACUUCUUUAUAAAUUAAGGAAUUAUUUUGUGCAUUUACAUUUCUACGUAGAAAUACAUAUUUGGGAAUAUUCUGAUUUUUUUUUAAUAAACUGUAUUUCUAUCCUUAUGGGCUUCUUGGUGAAGGAAUUCCAUCAGUUGUAUUUGUGUUAAGCAGUGACUGUUCAUGUAGCAGGUUGCACUCUGUAUGAUGUUUGCUUCCAAACUAUGAAUACAUUCUGAGUCGUGUUUUAUACAGUUUUAUGCAUCCUGGCUGCUGGGCAGAAGGAUACUCUUACAGAUCAGUUGGAAUGAUAAAUAUAUACAUUAUUGACAUCUGAACAAAGUAAACAAAAAUGUAUUUAGUUUAGGCAUCUCUGCCUCUGCAGCUUUUUUGCUCGUGUAAUAUGUUGUUUGCUGUACGAAGUGUACAAACCUGUAAAAAUCAAAGUCUUAUCAACGCUUGUGCAGUUUUGAAUUUUGUACAUUUUCAUGAAUAAAGACACUUUUAUAAAUA